AUGAGUAAUCCAAUUAGUCAAUAUUUAGCUCUGGUUUCAUUAAACUCAGUUCAAUCAACUUUAAAAUAUGAAACUGACGCGGUCACCAAUUUAUUCAAUCAAUAUCAACAAGAUGAAUUUGCUAUUAAUAAUAUAAUUCAAAGUAUUACCAUAAUGUAUAAUACUAUAGUGGCUAAUAAUGGGAAAAUUGUUAUUACUGGAGUUGGAAAAUCAUAUAAAUUAGGGUUAAAAUUGGUGGCCACAUUAAAUUCUUUAUCAAUUCAAUCAUCAUCACUACAUCCAACCGAAGCAUUACAUGGAGAUUUAGGUUUAAUUGAUCAAAAUCGUGAUUGUUUAAUUAUGGUGACUUCAAGUGGUAAUACCCCGGAAUUAAUUCAAUUAUUACCUCAUUUAUCGUCAAAUUUACCAAUAUUAUUAUUAACUUGUUCAAAAAAUUCAAAAUUAUCUCAAUAUAAUCAAAUUAAUAGUUUAAUACUAGCAGAAUUAUUAUCUUGUCAUAAAGAAGAGAUCAUUCAUGGUAUACCUGCACCAACAGUUUCAUUCACAUUAAGUAUGAUGCUUGCUGAUGCUGUGAUUUUAGCAUUACUGGAAUUAAUUGAAACUGAUUCUUUGAAAAGGAAAAAAUUAUUUGGUUUAAAACAUCCUGGUGGAUCUAUUGGUGCUAAUUUAGCUCAAGAGUUUAAUCAAAAUAAUACUAAUAGAAGUGGGGAUAAUACCAUUACUACUACUACUACUACUACUACUAAUACUAAUACUAAUAAUAGUAGUAGUAUCACUGUUCAAGCACCAAUUAUUCCUCCAUCGAAUUUAAUGUCAGCAACAACAUCAACAACAACAAGACUUUCAUCUAAUAGUUCAUCAAUGUUAAGUCUUAAAGAAAUGGAAUUGGAAAGUUAUUCAUCGGUAGAUGAUACUGAUGAAAGAGGUCAGGCACAAAAAUCUUGUAAGGAAAUUACAUAUCAAGAUUUAUUGAAAUUACAAGAAUUAUCAUUAUUACAAUGGAUUGUAAGAUAUGAUUCAAUAAGAUUAAUUGAAACUGAUAAUAAAGGGGGCAGUAGUAAUAGUAGUAGUAGUAGUAGCAAUAAUUAUGUUAGUUGUGAUUUUAUUCAAUCUUUAUAUAAAAAACAUUAUGAUGGAUUGAAUUGGGAUAAAUUUAAAUGGGAAUUAAUUAAAAAAUUUACUUAA